AGUAUGUAAGAAUAUACCAUGCUCAUUGAGCAUUGCUCUAAAUGACCAUUCAUUUCGGUAUGAAAAUGUGCACAAUUGGCAACACAUGUGUUCCGAAAAGACAAUCGGCAAAUGGCCAGAGAUGUCCGAAACACAUAUUUUAGUGGAAUUCGAUGGCGAAGAGUGGAAGAGUCGGCAAUGGAUUCGUGUUUACGAACAAAACGCGUUUCGCCUCUUUCUCAUCGAACACACAUUGGUUUGGGUCGACAACAACCACAACAACAUCGGCUGUCCAUCACUGAGCAAUGAUCACAAUGUAUUGCGAGUGUUAGGCUUAUGGGUGACAAUUGUUUUGCCAUCAUAUCAGUACACUAUACCAGUGACUAUGAAUUUCAAGACAUUAGUCGACAAAAUUGGAUUUGAAGAAAACAAAUUAAAACCAAUUGAGUUGUUAUCUGACAAACACAUAGAAUUUGUUGAUUACAAGGAUUUAACAGUAUAUCAGGACUCGGAUCUCGAGAGCCAAAAGGCGGACAUAGAAUCGCCUGAAGUUAGAAAAGCUCUUCGAAAGUGGAUUCAAUUCCAAGACUCACAACGAAUACUAUUAACUACUCCUUCAGUGCUGUUCGGGAAUAGAGUUAAAGUUUACAGAAGUGAAGGAACCACUCAAUGGUAUACUGCAGUCAUCGUCUCCUACAACGGCAACACUCGGGAAUUAACUCUAACUGACGACACAGUACUAGAAGAACACAAUGAAGACCCGAGUUUGGUUCAGAUGAAACUCAUUGGAGACGGAGUCGUCGAAUCCAUACUGAAAGGCGAAGACAUUGGAAUCACUCCAAGAAGAAGAACUUGCAAUCAAAAUCAUUACAACAUUUGCUUAAGAGUAGAGGCGGUUAGUGUUGUCUACACUAUAACUGGUGUACACUUUAUUCACUGUAUCGGCAAUCGACUAACUAUUAUAGUUGUUGGUUGUGUCCAACACUUCAAGGACUUCAACACUUGUAGAGAUUGUAUGAGCAGUUCCUCUAACAUCAUGUCUGACGAACUGAGUCUCAAAAAUGGUGAACAAACUUCUAAUAUG